AUGGGCACCCGGCAGACCAAGGGCAGCCUGGCGGAGCGAGCCAGCCCCGGCGCGGCGCCCGGCCCCCGCCGCGAACGGCCGGACUUCUGGGCGUCGCUGCUGCUGCGCGCCGGGGACAAGGCGGGGCGCGCGGGCGCCGGCGCGGGGCUGCCCCCCUACCAUCGGCGCGUCGGCAUGGUCCAGGAGCUGCUGCGGAUGGUGCGCCAGGGCCGGCGGGAGGAGGCGGGGACGCUGCUGCAGCACCUGCGCCAGGACCUGGGCAUGGAGUCGACCUCACUGGACGACGUGCUGUACCGCUACGCCAGCUUCCGGAACCUGGUGGACCCCAUCACGCACGACCUCAUCAUCAGCCUGGCGCGCUACAUCCACUGCCCCAAGCCGGAAGGUGACGCACUGGGCGCCAUGGAGAAGCUGUGUCGCCAGCUGACCUACCACCUCAGCCCCCACUCCCAGUGGAGGAGGCACCGGGGGCUGGCGAAGAGGAAGCCACAGGCGUGCCUCAAGGCUGUCCUGGCCAGCAGCCCUCCAGACAACACGGUGGACCUGUCGGGCAUCCCGCUGAGCUCCCGCGACCUGGAGCGCGUGAGCAGCUACCUGCAGCGCUGCGGGGAGCAGGUGGACAGCGUGGAGCUGGGCUUCACGGGCCUCACCGACGACAUGGCCCUGCAGUUGCUGCCCGCCCUCAGCGCCCUGCCCCGCCUCACCACGCUGGCGCUCAACGGCAACCGGCUGACCCGGGCCCUGCUGCGUGACCUCACCGACGCCCUCAAGGACCCCAGCAAGUUCCCCCACGUCACGUGGAUCGACCUGGGCAACAACGUGGACAUCUUCUCGCUGCCCCAGCCCUUCCUGCUCAGCCUGCGCAAGCGCUCCCCGAAGCAGGGCCACCUGCCCACCAUCCUAGAGCUGGGUGAGGGCCCAGGCGCUGGGGAAGAGGCCCGGGAGGGGACUCCUGCCGCAGACCACGUGGAGGGCAAGGAGGCCGCGGCUCAGACGUGAGACAGCAGAGGGGUCUUGCCACCUUCGCCCUGGCGGGGCACGGAAGGCAGGCUGUAGCAUCUGGGAGAGGGGGAAUUCAUGUAAUAACAUCGUUGGUUCUCCCUUUUCAGUCCCAUUACCUGCCUUGCGGCUGGGGAGGUCCCAGGCACCCACCCUUCCGGCUCAGCCCUCAGCCACCCCCAAGCAGACUCAGGGCCGGGCUGUGGCUCAGAGAUGCUAGGAGCUAGAGCCUGCUCCAUCUGGCCCAGGGACCUUUCCAGUUCUGCAUGUCCCCUGGGGGAGCCAAUGCCAGCCAGAUGCUGACCACGUCCCUCCCACCCCACCUCCCUGAGGAGGGCUACAAUCUUUAGCUUGCAGAAUGAGGGAGAAGGCGGGGCCCACCCCUCAACAGUGACACACACGGUGCAGUCCCCAGGCUUCCACAUGGACACCUGUGGCUCCGGGCCUUUCUCCCAGCAUCCCUUCCCCAAAUCAGCCACACCUUGAGCACAUUCCCAGCAGUCAGAGAAGGCUAAUAACCUGGGACCAGGUUAUUGGAGCCUCCCUGGAACCCAACUCAGCAAACGUCAUUUGCCCUACAGCAGCCCCCCCCACCCACCCAAAUCCCUUCUAAACAGGCCAAGCCCUGGGACCCAGGUCAGGGGGCCGGAAGCCAGUUGUCAUCAGGCCACAGACCAGCAGUACAGGUUCUCAGAGGGUGUGUGGAGAGGACUCACAGGCAGAGAGCAGAAUGUUAAAGGCGUGUUGCAGCCAAGUCAGGACUGGAUUGGAACCAGCUGUGUAGAUGCCUUAAAUGCUUUGGAAUUUUUGCCCUCAGUCUAAAGUGGCUAAGAGGGGGAGAGCAGCCUAGGCUGACCCAAAGUUUACAAGCUUGAGUGCUAAUAACUGGACUGUUAAUACCUGAUAGCAGUAAUCAGAUCUAACUUUUUCUUCAAAUACACAUUUUUAAGAACCAGCAACAAAGACCACCCUUUAUUAUGGCAUUGGUUAAUGGUGACUUCAUUUUAAAGAGUUUUAAGAAAAAUAUAAUCACAGUCAGUUUAUCAAAGUAAAUUUAUUGAAAGUGCAGAAGGCAGUCCUGUUGGGCAGCUCAAGGAGCAAUACCAGCCAGUCUGCUGGCCUCACACACCACACACCUGAGUCAUUAGGCGUGCAGAUCUCCACUGCUGGCGGCAGCCAGUCCUUGGGCUCAACAUCCUCCCGGGACAGCCUGCAGAGAGAAUGACAUUUCAGUCCCCUUCCUGCUCCGGCAACCAACAGCCACUCCCAACACGGAAGGUAUCUUCAGAAGACCUUGGGCUCACCACCACACAAUCUGCCGGUAAUUCCAGCUAUUUUUGGGUGAUUUCAUCAUUGAUAUCCUUUUCCUGAACCGUUUUCAACUAGCUGUUCAUUCCCUCAUUCUGCCAGUAAGCAGGGUCAACACUGUGCGUACUCACCUCUCGCUCGGAGCAGAAGCCACUGCCAGCCCCGAGUUCCGCGCCGCAAAGCCUGGGAGGAGAGAAGGCACGCGCUCAGAACAAGACAGCACAGAGCCCGUGGCAGAUCCGCUGACCUGCUGCUCUGGGGACCUGUCCCCUCCACCGAGUUCCAUCCUCUUCCCAAACCCGAGGUUUUCUUUUCCCGGAUGAGGACAGCUGACGGAAGUCCCCCUUCCUGGCUCUGGGCCCCACACUGCCCCAGCCUUCUGGAUUUCACCCAAUCAAACAACGAGCAUCACAAGUAGCACGAACCACGAACGGCUCGGCAGAUACACUCACCGCGUGACGGUGGUGGGGGGUGGGGCUGCAGCUCCAGUCCUCCGCGGCUUGCUGGUGCUGUAGCGUGGAACCUGCGUGAACACGCCGCUACGUUAGGUCACAGGCCAGCCCGGGCUCGGCCCUGGCCAGCGGCAGACUUGGGGACUGCAGUCAGCCAGGAGCAUCCUCGUCAGUUGUCGCUUCUGACGGCACUUCCUAAGAGUGACCUCAUCACAGCAGUCCCCGGGGCUGCCCCGGCCGAGCCCUAACUGCCUUAGGGACCCAUCAGACCCCACUUAGGCAAGAUCCCCGCUGCCCA